UGAAAUUGUAUUUAAAACGGCAGUGCCAGCGUAGGGCUGGCCUACACAUCAUAACAUAGUAGGGGGAAAAGAUGACUCAUUUGAGUAGGAAAACAGCAGACAUGGAGUCUAAGAGAGAUGGCGCUAACUUAACCUUUGAACCUUGCAUCCUCGGCAAGGCAAAAGUGUGGCUCCCUGUUGAUCUCAUAGAAGAUCCUUGUGUAUUCAAGUCUGUAAUGAGUCAAGAGACAUGGGAUUCUUCCCUGACUGGAGAAGAGAGGGACAGACUCAUGAAACUAAUGCCUCAGUUCCCUGAAGAUGAUGAGAAGGAAAAACAAGAAACAUUAAGAUGUCUCUUUGAGCGAGAGAACUUCAUGUUCGGCAACCCGCUGACUACCUUUGAGGAGAGGUUGAGGGCGGGCUUCAUGAAUCCAGAGAUCGUGGAGGUCGAGCGAGGGUUACGCCGAGCUACAUACAAGGAUUAUAAGUUCAGUGAGCAGAGGAGACUCCACAGGUUACUCAAAGAAGUUCUGAUAUCUAGACAGGAGUUAUUAGAAGCUGCUAUUUUCACUUCUCCCUCCGCUGCUGUGCCAGUGAAAAGAAGACUGUAUCGGAAUGAUAAAGCAGUAGAUGCAGUGGUGGACAAGAAAUACAGAAAGAUGCUAGCAUCGGCAAGGGAAGGUGACACAACACCAGACUCAUCGGAUGAAGGAGAAAGCAAACCAGAAAUGAAUGGAUUCCAUCGGAGUCCCGGAGGUCGCCUCUCAGACCUAGACCUGCGACUGGAUCCAAAAUGGACCGAUUUCUGGCCCCAGGAGCUGGACCAGGAAGAGGAAGUCAGAACACAUUCGACCUUUGACCCGAAGCCAGUGCAGGCUGAUGGGAAUGGUACACCAGGAAAGACAUCUUCACCAACCAAGCCGCCUUCACCAGUCAGGCUGAGCCAACAGCAGUACAUCAAACUCAUAGAGAACUACCAAGACCGCAUAGAAGAUGAACAUUUGAGGAAACACCCUGAGCUGAAUACGAAGCACAUCACCGUGACUGGAAUCAUCUCUAGAGCCUUCCCUACGCCUCCACCUCCUCAGCUACCCAUCCCAGGAGGAAUGCUUUUAAAAACUGAAGAAAUGGAAGUCAAGACAGGAAAGAAGAGAAAGGACCGGGAGAAAGACCGGAAGAAGAGAAAGAAGAAGAAAAUGGCAGUGAUGACACCAAUGACCCCACCCAAAGCUGUCACGCCCAUCUCCAUCGGUUCCUUGGAGGGGAAUUCCCCUGUGGACAUCCUAAGUACUCCGGAGUCUCGACCGUCUACUAGGGACGAUUUCUCUACCUCGCCAGCCACCUGUUCGCCCGCUUCAGCUGGCUCUUCGGUAACUGCAUCCAGCACAAAUGAUUUCCUUACUUCACCAUCUCCUGCUUGCUCUCCCGCUUCCCCAUCGUCACCAUCCAGUGACAUCAAGCCGCCGCUUCGUGUCCAUCCAUCGUUCUUCAGUCUGAUCAGAGACAUCUUCAGUGCGGCACCAAGCCAUCGACUCACCCUCGCCAAGCUGCGAGAGAGCUUGGCAAACUGGCAACGCUCACCAGUCAGUAUGCUGAGCACUUGGGCUAUCCUCCAGCCAAGCUGGGCCAAGGUCGUUGAUGGUGCUAUGAGGUUUCUCAACGGAGAGGUCACCGUCAGUCCAGAGGUCAUUCCGAGGGUCAGGUACGACGAGGAGAGACAAAUGUGGCAGUGGAGAAGUGAGUUACCUCCAGAUUCAGAGGAAGAGCUGGUGACCCUUUUUAAGCAGUGGUUAGACACCCUCCCAGGUAUGAGAGCAGUACCACCAAUACCCAAAGAACUUGACACCAGUACCCCUACCACACCAUCAACUAGUGUUCCCCAAACUGUAACAGAAAUGAUUGAGAGUAAGGUUGAGGUGAAACCAAGCUUCGCAGAGCAGGAGAGAGAGAGAUACAGCCAGCCACACAAAGCCUUUGUGUACAAGAUGGCCGACUACGAGGCGGUCGUCGCUCCGGUCAAAGGUGUGUUUGGGAAGGAGACUACUCCAAACAAAGCCAGAGAACAUGCCCUUCUCAUCUCCGAUCGACCAUCGUAUGUCACCAUACUCUCUCUAGUGCGAGAUGCCGUAGCUCGGCUUCCUAAUGGCGAAGGGACCAGAGCAGCCGUGUGUGAGCUUCUCAAAGACUCCCAGUACCUGGCCGACUCCAGCGAUUCCCAGAUUAACAACGUUGUGAGUGGGGCCCUCGAUAGGCUUCACUACGAGAAGGAUCCAUGCAUCAAGUAUGAUGUGAAUCGUAAGCUGUGGAUCUAUCUUCAUAAAGAACGCACCAAGGAGGAGUUUGAACGUCUCCACAUGGAACAAGGUGCUGAAGCCAAGGCAAGGAAAUCUAUCGCUCGUCAAACCAAGCUCCUGCCUAAAAUGACAUCUGGUCUUCGAGAUUCCCCGAUCAGUUUCCAGGCCUCUAGACCAGGGUCAGCCAUGAGCGAUGCUAGCAGUGAGAAUCUAAGCAUUGAAGUCUGCAGCCCAAAGGCAUCGCCCGGUAGAGCAUCGAGUCCUAAAGCCAGUCGCAAGAGUCCUGCGUUUGCUAAGAUGAACCCUGUACCUGGCUUUCCUGGAGGGGUAGACUUAGGCAGAGGCGACCGUCCCGUGUCUUCUGGCUCUGUAUCGACAACCGGUGGGAAGAUAGUUUCUACUCAUGCACCAGGCCAAGCUCCGUUUGUCAUCAGCCCGCAGAAGAUAGACAGCCUUCAGUCUGCGUUAAGAGGCCUUCAUCAGAGUCCAGCAACCGCGCGUAUUGCUGGAGGGGAUAACCUGAUACGAGCGCAGCUUCUUGCUGCAAGGGCCUCGGAGGGUAGUUCAGGUGCAUUUGGUGCCCAGGGUGUAACAAUGUAUGAUGGCACUUCGGUCACUUCAGUCGCAGAUAUUUUGAAAGGAACAAUAGGUUCCAUGGGAGACAUGUCAUCAAGGACUUCAACUAGUGGCUUUCAAGAGAUGCCUAAGUUUGUGAAGAGCAUGUCUGUCCCAUGUACCCUACCUGAUGGGAAGGUGGUGAUGAUUUCACCAGAGCUGCUGAUGCCUAGUGGAAAACCAACAAAGAAGAGAGCAAGGAGCGGAAGUGGAGGGCGAAAGAAAGGGAAUGCUGGACAGUCAACAGAGGGAGCUGUGACUUUGAGUGGUGCUUCGGAUCUGAGCAAAUUGAUCAGCUCCAACAUCAUCACCCCAAGCUCUGUUACUGUUAGUCAGGGUACGUCAAAGACAAGUCGGAAGAGUGUGACACCAUCGCCUACCUCAGUCACGCUUGGGACGAACAAACUGGCAACCGUGAGUGAGGCUCUUGCUCAGAAACGAGCUGAGGCAGCUCUGCAGAGUGGCAGACAGCAGAGCAGAGGCCAGUCUACAAUAACACUACCUCCUGGUGCACUUAAAGGACAAACUGUGAAAAGCAUUCUGGCAAGUGUGGGUAUCCCACUCUCAGGUGCCUCGGUCACUGUAUCAAGGAUUGAUACUCCAGGUUCAUCCUCGUCAGCCAAGCAGGGCUCCACCAAGAGCAAAGAUAGCAGAAAAUCACCAGUAUUUUCUGGUGUUAAUAUUUUAGGAAGUCAACCGGCUACAAAGGGAAGGCCAUCCUCUGCUCCUUCUAUGAGUGGGAAGAAGUCCCCCAUUACAAGUAUGCAUCAUGCUUUAGGCCAUCAGACAAUUGGUUUGACUACAGUUACAAAAGGUGGUCAGGUUGUGGUCCAGCCAGUUGCCUUGGGGAUAGAAAGACCUGGCUCUGCCGCAUCACCUGGUAUUGCAAGACAAUCCUCAAGUCCAGCCGCACAAGCACUUACACUCAAAGCCAUACCCGUGUCAUUAGCCAAGAAGCAUGGUCAAUCUGCAUCUCAAGACUCCAGGAAGAUGCCGCAUCAGAUCACCUCAGAAGCAGUCGGUGUGGGUCAAGAUGACCAUGAUGGCUCAGGGAAGAAGAGGAUGGGGAAAGGAGGACACCCUAAGCAACACUUUGUGUCAGGAAAUGCGGCUGCUGCUCUUGCUCAAGCAGGAAAGAUGUCAGCGGGAACAGAGUUAAAGGACUUUGCAUCUGUACCUUUGUCACUUUUGUUUCCAGGAUCUCGGCAAGGAGGUAAUCAGAAAGGUGGCCUACCCUUAUUGACAAGCCCCUUUUUAACAGGAGGUCAAAUUCCAAUAGCCAGCUUAACAGAUGGGAAAGGAGUUGUUUUCCAGAUGCCCCAUGGUUCUAACCUCAUGUCCUUACCAAUGUCUGGAGUACCAGUCAAUCCUCAGAGAUCAGGUGCUAUGGCAGGCAGUCCGGGAGGACAGUCUCUGUCAUCAAGUGGUGCCUCAACUACGACAGUAUCCGCUGCACAAAGUGCAAGGCAAAUUCACCAUCACCUCUCGCAAGGAGGAUCUUCAGCAAAGACAUCACCUGCCCUUCCCUCCAAUAUAGUGACAGCCACCAUCCGGAGUGCCCUUGCAGCAGCUCAGAACAGGGCCAAUCCCCAUCAAGGUUUAUCAGCGGCUCAUUUAUCUCAGUGGGCGUCCCAACAGAGUACUUCUGGAUCAAUGAAAGCGGACAUGCAGAGUGUCUCGGGUAGAACAAGCCAGGGUGCAUCCAUGAUGCCUUCUCAUAUGACGUCUACCAGUGGUGGGAUGCCUUCACAGUAUAACUUCCCUCCAUCAGGGUCAAGAUCCCGCAUGCCACCUUCACCUUCAGAAUCAAAGACAUCAUUAACAGCUUCAUCCAUUGCCAGCAUUAUUGCCAAUCUGAAGCAGAAUCCAAUGGCUGCCAUAUCUCUGCCAUCAGUGUCUUCUUUUGUCCCAUCGGCCAACGUAUCAAGAUCGAUGUCUCAAUCCUCAAUGCAAAACCAACCUGUUUAUUCACAAGGGUUCAUCAGAGCACAGAUGAAGCAAUCAGCAGCCUCAAAGACCACCUCCCAACCAGCAGCUAGCCCUUCACACCCACAGUCAACCCCUCCUAGAGGUGCAGGACCUACACUAGCAAGAUCCUUGUCACAGCCAUCAUCAUUGUUCCCUCAGAUGCCAUCAGCUGGAUUCACCAGAGACCUCUCGAGAAUGCAAAGCCAAUCAACAACAUCAGCUCCUUCCAGUGCGUCUCAAGUGAGUAGGAGCGUACUACAAACUGCAGCAGGAAGUGCCUUGUAUGCGACUGCCUCCAACCCAUCUGCAAUGGGAGUUUCAUCUUCAAGGAUUUCAGCAGCAUCCCGUGUAGCAGUUCAGUCAUCCGCCAGUACCGCGACUCUGAAAUCUGUACCCAUGCAGCCCACAUCUGAAAUUCCUCCCGAUGUCAAGCCUGUCACACAAGCCAAGCAGCGCCAAAAUCCUGGAAUCAUAACAACUUCAGAGUCCAAGUUUGUACCCAGCUCAGCUACACCUGCAGGCACCAGAUACAUGUCUACAGGAAAUACCAGGUUACCUGCAGGAGUUAAGCCUGUAUCGACUUCAAAUAUUGGAACACCUACAGGAACUAGACCUGUGUCUACAGGAAAUAAUGGUAAAACUACAGGAUCCAAGACUGUAUCUACUGCAAGUGCAGGAAUGCCUACAGGAAGUAGACCUAUAUCUACACCGGUCACAGGAAGUAGACCUAUACCUACACCGGUCACAGGAAGUAGACCUAUAUCUACACCGGUCACAGGAAGUAGACCUAUAUCUACACCAGUCACAGGAAGUAGACCUAUAUCUACACCGGUCACAGGAAGUAGACCUAUAUCUACACCGGUUACAGGAAGUAGACCUAUAUCUACACCGGUCACAGGAAGUAGACCUAUACCUACACCGGUCACAGCAGGGACUACAGGAUCAACAACUCAGGUGUCUGCAGCACCCCCUCAAAGAGUCAUUCCUCCUCUGGAGCCCAGAGUGACACGAGGAAAAUCGAAAGGGAAAGCAGCAGUAAAAAAGGAGGAGUCUUGAUUUAAAGCUAGCCUUAUAGAUACUAUUUCAAUUUUGCAGCCAACAUCAAAUUCUGUAGAAUUUUGCAGGAUUUAUGAAUAUGUCAUGUAUGUCCUAUCUGUGAAAUUUAAACAUUAUCAGUGUUCUAGUAUUCAAAUUAUGCAAGGAAACCCGUUUUACAUUCUAGAAUCACUGUCAGACGCUAUUGAAUGACUGACUGACCACUAUUUUUUCUUUGGUAGUAACAUACAUAAAAUGAGCUGUAGCAGGUACAUGUACAUGUCGAUUCAACAACUAAUGGUUGUUAUUUUCCUAAUAAAAGCCUUUUUCAAGCCCCUUCGUUUUGAGGAAAGUUCUAAAUUAGUAUUGUGUUUCAAAUGCCGUUGGAAUGUAACCUUUUCAAUUUUUUGAGGUCUGCAAAUACGACAUAGGUAGUACCUAUAAUAAUCAAAAUUUGUGGUGAUGAACUGCAUUUUGAGAAUCAUUGGCUUGAAUUAAUACUGAUUUCUUCAUCGUAAAGGGGAUCAGUUAUUUGGUUCAGCAAAUAAUAACAAUUUCCCCCCUUUCAUUACCAGAACUUGAGAUUACCCGUAACGCCUUGUUCAGUUAUGACGCGGCAAAAUGGCUGCCGUUUAUUUAUGCUGACGUAAAGUGUACUAGACGUUACAUUUCUGUAUCUUAUAACACAAAGACCUCAGUAAAUACGUGCAACUGCAUUGUUGCCCGCAGGUACCGUUUAUUUACACAAAAAAUAAAAACGCUGCAACUCUUUUGCGGAGGUUUACAGCGUCAUAUCUGAACCAGCACUGGUAGACUUUUCUUUGCCUGUUAGUAAUUUUUGAAUGAUGAACGAUUACAUAUAUUGCCUUGAUGUUCUUGAUUUCUUACGUAAAUUAAGCACAGCAUUAAUUGUAUUGAAUGUGUUCUGUUGACAUAAUUGAUAGUGUAUAAAGAAUGUUUACUGAAAAUAUUGUAAGAUAUUUUGUAAUGUGAUUGCACUGUCCUUGUACUAUACUUGUCCAUUCUGAGGCUGUACGAAAAUGAAUUAUAUGUAGUUGAAAUAUUAGACAAUUUCUCAUGGUGCUUAUAUGAAUAAAUAGGUAGCUUUUUAUGUUUUACUAUGUGCUAUGCAUAUUAUACAUGUAAUGGGUGUGAACAAGUCCAAGUUAUUGUUUCCUCUACAUUACGGACCACAUCUAAGAUUUUAGCAUAUCAGGGGAGUGUUUCACAAAGACUAAGAUUGACUUUAAGUUGGACUUAACUAUGGCAUGCCAUUCAUGCCACUGUGUUCUCUCACCAUUUCCUGGCAUUGGUUUCUCAAGGGACUUACAAAUUGUGGUCACAAAUCGUAAGAAUUUACUUUUUUUGAUAGUUCAUUAUAAAAAAAAAAAUUCUCUAAAGAUCAUAACUGAGAGACCAAUGGUGAGAGCAACCAGUGGCAUAAAUGGCCUGCCAUAGUUAAAUCUAACUUAAAGUUGAUUUUAGUCUUUAUAAAACACCCCCUGAUCAAUGAUCAUUGUAUUACAUUUAAGUUGAAAGCCCUACUUGAGCUUGAAUCAGACCAUAUAUGAAGUGGAAAACCACACUUCGCCAGGAAACACAAGGUGAUUGUAGUAGGGUUUGCAGGUCCAUGGUGACUUCAUUUAUUAGAUGGAAUUCAUAAAGUCAAGUGUACAUACAGAGGACAACAUUACACCAAUGGCGACAACUACAGUAGAUCAUAACAUUGCCCCAUGACGGUUUAUAUAAUGUCAAUCUAUAUUCAAAUUCCACAAAAUUAAUACUUGUACCGGUACUUAAUAAUAUUGGUAAUACCAAAACACCAAUUAGCUUUCAGCUCCCACCUAUGUUGCCCUAUAGCCUAUAGGAGUUCAACAAUUUUGCAGUCAUCUGGUUAAUUUAGUCCAUUAUUAUUCUUUAUCUAAAGACACAUAGUAGUGGGCUCUCAUGGCGAAUUUGACACCGUUCAAGUAUUGACCUGAUAACAGAUGUCGUCAAUUACCAGGGUCCCAUUAUAUGAAACUUGCCAUUGAUGGUAACUUUGUCAUUAAUGUCAACUACCAUGGCAACAUCACUCAACAGCCAAUCAAAUCACGUUUCUAUGAAAGUUACCAUCAUUGGUAAGUUUUAUGCAAUGGGCCGUUGAGACCUCUACUUUUAUGUAAAUGCUCAGCAUUUUCCAUAAAUCACCCCUUAAGGAAAACUCUUAUCUUAUAUUAAGCCCGCCCAAAGACUCGCUGAGAGAAUAGUGUGUAUUUUCUUGCUAGUUUGCUGUAUGGGAGACUUGUACUCUAAUGAAUGGUAUUUCCACCAAGUCGGGUGUCUUCAAAUUAUGACCGACUUCACAUGGACAUCUCCCACUAUACCCCUUUGAAUAACUCUUGAGGAUGUCAAUUCUAUGUUGUGUAUUAUUGUAAAUUCAUUGUACAGGAUUAAAUUUUUCUAAAAAUUUG